AUGAACACCCAAUGGCUACGCGAUAGCUUUUUCGGCCAGUGCAUCCGUCACAUUUGCAAGCCUGCAUGGUCCGAAUACCCCGAGGAAGAGCCGGGAUGGAUAGAAGCAGCCGAUUUUGACAACAAUCCAAGCCAAAAUGAGAAGAUAAUCCGUGUAGAAUGGUACUCGGAUACAGAUGAAGAAAAUCCUCGCAACUGGACCCAGGCCAAAAAAGCAUUUGUGACGGGGGUGAUCGGUGCUUACAGUUUUGUUGUCUACAUGUCUGCCCCGAUUUAUACCCCGGGUGAGAAUUCGUUUAUUGAAGAGUUCCAUGUGAGCAAUGCGGAGGCUGCUCUUGGGCUUGCGAUCUAUGUACUUGGAUAUGGCACAGGCCCAUUAUUCUUCAGUCCCUUGAGCGAGAUCCCCCGCAUCGGGCGAAACAUUCCCUACGUUAUAUCCUUUGCAUUGUUUUGCAUUAUCAGCAUACCUACUGCAAUUGCGCCCACCGCAAUUGGCUUCUACUUCCUGCGUUUCCUACAAGGCUUUUUUGGAAGUCCCUGUCUCGCAACAGGUGGCGCCUCAAUUGCGGACAUGUAUUCUUCUGAUAUCCUACCACACGCCAUGUCGACAUGGGGAUUCUGCGUCUUUUGCGCCCCCGCGAUCGGUACCUUGGUUUCCGGAUUUGCAAUCCCGGUUCUGGGCUGGAGAUUUUCAAUGUGGGAGAUUUUAAUGGCCGCCGUCCCUGUCCUUAUUUGCCUGUUUUUGCUGCCGGAAACGAGCGAAGCCAACAUUCUGCACCGACGUGCUCGACGUCUUGAAAAGAUCGAUAAAACAAACACGAUGACUCGGACCUACCAGACCGCUGCGGAUGUUAUUCAAGGAGAAAUAUCAUUCCACGAGGUUCUUCGAGAGUCGCUGCUAAUUCCCUCGAAAAUCACCUUCCUUGACCCGGCAAUGAUGUUUCUGAAUUGCUACACGUCUCUCGUUUACGGCAUUUACUAUUCCUUCUUCGAGGCUUUUCCGAUUGUCUACCAAGGGAUAUACGGCUUCAACCUCGGGGAAAUGGGCCUGGCAUUUCUCGCUAUCGUCGUGGGAACGAUUCUAUCAUUCGUGGUAUACAACAUCUACAUCUACCGUGUUUUCGCGCCAAAGACAAGAAACGGCGGCCUUGAGAAGCCGGAAGAUGUUCUUGUCCCGGCACUGUUUGCCUGCUUUGGUCCCUCGAUUGGUUUAUUUCUCUUUGGUUGGGCUGCGAGACCGGAAAUUCACUGGAUCGUACCAACUAUUGGAAUCGUCAUUUAUCCCGCGUGUGUUUUCGUUCUGAUGCAAUGCAUCUUCCUCUAUAUUCCGGCUUGCUAUCCGCAAUAUGCUGCGAGUGUUUUUGCCGCCACUGAUUUCACCCGCAGUGCGUUCGCAUGUGGUGCCGUUAUCUUCUCGCGCCCUCUUUAUGUUAAUCUGGGAAUUGGUCCGGGGUGCAGUUUACUUGCUGGGCUGACCAUUGGGUGUGUGGUUGGAAUUUACGUGCUGUAUCAUUACGGCGAAGCAUUGCGGCUGAGAUCGAAGUUCGUUUCAAAAUGGUGA